AGCGUAUAUAAAUACGCGUAGGCCUGCAAGAAGGAGACUUCUACAAAGGAAAGCUUAAAUCUGCAUUUGUGGGAAAUGGGGUCUUCAGAGAAACAACACCCACAGUCUCAGGAGUGCUUUGGAUGGGCAGCUAGAGACUCUUCUGGAGUUCUUUCUCCAUUCAAAUUCUCAAGAAGGGCGAUCGCAGAAAAAGAUGUGAAGAUUAAGAUUCUGUACUGCGGCAUCUGCCAUAGCGAUCUGCACUGUGUCAAGAAUGAUUGGGGAGGGUCUAUCUACCCUUUCUUGCCUGGUCAUGAGAUUGUGGGCAUAGCAACAGAGGUGGGAUCCAAAGUCGAGAAAUUCAAAGCAGGAGACAAAGUGGGGGUGGGGUGCUUGGUUGGAUCUUGUGGCUCUUGCAAUGACUGCACUAAUAAUCUUGAGAAUUAUUGCCCAAAAAUCAUACCAACUUACAAUGGUGUUGACCGAGAUGGAACCAUUACUUACGGAGGAUAUUCCGACUUCAUUAUCGUCGACCAACACUUCGUCUUCCGGUACCCGGAAAACUUCCCUCUUGAUGCUGGGGCACCACUUUUCUGUGCUGGUAUUACAGUUUAUAGCCCUUUAAAGUACUACGCUCUUGAUCAACCUGGCAUGAAGUUGGGCGUGGUUGGACUUGGUGGCCUCGGCCAUAUUGCUGUCAAAUUUGCCAAAGCUAUGGGGCUUGAAGUGACUGUGAUUAGUACAUCACCAAAUAAAAAGGAGGAAGCCAUUGAACAUCUCGGUGCUGAUGCAUUCUUGCUUAGCAAUGAUGAGAAUGCAAUGAAGGCUGCUACGGGCACAUUGGAUGGUAUUAUUGACACAGUCUCAGCAUUUCAUGCUCUGUUGCCUUUAAUUGGUUUAUUAAAUUCCCAUGGGAAACUUGUUUUGUUGGGCUUACCUAACAAGCCUCUGGAGCUACCAGUUUUCCCUUUGCUCAUGGGGAGAAAGAUGGUGGCUGGUAGUAUUAUAGGAGGAAUAAAGGAGACUCAAGAGAUGAUUGAUUUUGCUGCGAAGCACAACAUAACUGCAGAUGUAGAGGUUGUCCCGAUUGACUAUGUGAACAAAGCAAUGGAGAGACUUGCCCGUGCCGAUGUUAAAUAUCGGUUUGUGAUUGAUAUUGCAAACACAUUGGCUGCUGGGGUUUGAUCUUCAUAAGAAGAUUUGAUGUUCUCUCUAAUUUAAUGGAUGUGUAGGAUUCAUGGAUUAAAGCCUACUAUAAUAAAAUCGUUAUACAUAUAAUAAUUAUUGAAUAAAAUAUUUAUUUUACUCUA